GUGGGGAGGGGGGGACCGCAGCCUGUGCAGUUACAUGCUUAUGCACUGACAUCAGCCAAGAUAAAGCACAGCCACUCUUGAUUUGAGGACAUCUCUCCCGUCGGCAAGGUGAUACCCGGAGACGCCGUGUUCAUCCAUCCACGGGCCUUUUUCCCUUCUUUUCCUGCGCGUGACGCACAGAGAGCGAGUCUAUGGCUGUUUUAUCGCGGGUUUAUGAGGAGCGGAGCUGAAGUUUGAACCACUCCGGGUUGAUUCUGUCAUUUAAACAGAGUGUGAGAGCCCUCCGUGUUGCUCACUGCUCCUCGGGCUGCUGUCUCGCACGCAGGAGGAGGAGGAGGAAGAGGAGAAGGAGAAGAAGGAGCGACGGGCAUUUCUCCUGUUGUUUGUUCGCAGAAGGAUGGUGCUGGACAAGGAGGAGAGUGUGUCUCUCGUGUCCCUCCAGUCCAGAGAGAAGCCGAGGGGCUGCGCCGGCUGCAAUGGGAAAAUCCGGGACCGUUUCAUGCUGCAGGCGUUGGACAGGUACUGGCACGAGGACUGUCUGAAGUGCGCCUGCUGUGACUGCCGCCUGGGGCGGGUGGGCUCCACCCUCUACACCCGGGCAAACCUCAUCCUCUGCCGCAGAGACUACCUGAGGCUCUUUGGGGUGACGGGGAACUGUGCAGCCUGCAGUAAGCUGAUCCCUGCCUUUGAGAUGGUGAUGAGAGCCAGAGACAACGUCUACCAUUUAGACUGCUUCGCAUGUCAGCUCUGUCGCCAGAGAUUUUGCGUGGGAGACAAGUUUUUCCUCAAGAACAACAUGAUCCUGUGCCAGCUGGACUAUGAAGGAGGCCAUCUUAACGGCAGCACAGAGCGGCAGCCUCAAUAAGAGAUCAGCAGCAGUCGGCUCAUCAGCUUCCUCUUUCAGACUGAACCAUGCAUGGAAACAAAAAAGCUAAUGGGACAUGUUUCCAGCACCCCAUGACUGAACUCUUCAUUACAGAGCUGCGUGGUCACCACCCUGAAAACCGACUGAUCAGAUGGACCAGAGGUCAGCCAGGAAGCGGAGAUGGACUGACGAAGCUAUCAGGAGGAUGUUUUCCAGAGCACUUAACGUGGACUGUGAGGGUUUCUCUCUUAUUCGACAUUCAGCAAAUAAUUUGAAGAGACUGGUCGCCAAGCUUGAAAUAUUAGAUGGCUGGAGAGAAGCCAGUCAGGGCCACACAUUGCAUCAACCAAGUCAUCCAUCACAGAGAAAAAUACCAAGUUGUCUUUUUUAAACUUCUCUUUGAUUGUCAAAAAAUUGUUCUGGCGGUCACUGAACCCCACCCAUCUGACACGUACGAAGCCCAUAAACAAAAUGACAAAUAUUUGCAAAUGCAGUUUGUCUCAAUUCAACCACCGAGGAGGCUCAACCGUUUGUCCUUCAUCUCUCUGCCUGUCGACUCUGAAGACUCGACUGAACCGAGUGGGAUUUCAAACCCGUCCAACAGUUUCCAUCUCAAGCUGGUUUUUUUUCUUGACUAAUUAAAAUGAAUUCUAAUUUGA